AAGAGCGCGUAAACCCAGCUGUUUCGAACGAUACUUUAAACCCUGAAAUAGUUAGGUACUCCAGAUGUGUAUUUUUAUCAUAAGGUUAUCAUAACUUUUGACAACUAUUAUGUUAGCUAUAAGACCGAAUGUCUCAGAUUUGUUUGAGCUAUUCGAUCAGCAACGCUCCCUGUUGUUUCGUGCUGUUUGACCCUGUGUUUUGGAUUAAAGCUUUAGUUUUUGCAAGUAUUAACUACACUGUGCUCGAGAGGGCGUAAUCUCAUCAAUUUUUAAAAUGAGGACUACCUCAGUCCAUUAUUGAGUUCUUCAUGCUGGACAUCAUUUCUUUCAACAGCGUUGGUUGUUUCCAUGUUCCUGUCAUGGGGCCCUCAACUUUCGCUGGUUGUCAAUAGUAAUGCUGGUUCAAAAUCCUACUCUACCAUGGUUUGCAGUCACUGGUGAUUAUUGUCCAUCCUCCUCUACUCAAUCUGCUCAAACCCAACAUUUCGCACAAGUUUUUGGAUUGUCUGUGCCAAUCAGAAGAGUACUGAGUCCCAAACAGUCACUAACUCACUCUCAUUUCGCAUUAUUUCCAACUUGUCAAAGUGUUGACACUCAAAGUCGUCAUCAAUUGAGCUCUGGAGAUCACUGUUCAAAUAUCAUUACACCUGUAAUCGUCACUAUGCCUCGUCACUCACGUUCAAAUGGAAACCAGGAUAUGGAUCUACCAGUUUUCACAGAACCACUUGGUCCAAUUGCAACUGGAUGUAAACGUGAUGCUUCUGCACUGUCAGCAAAUUGUACUAUCCCCCCCAUUACGACAACAGCUAACAUUCCAUUGGAUACUAACGAUCAGUGCACUAUUUAUCUCCCACCAAAACCUAAAGAAUCGGAGAGAAUGAUGCAUAUUCAACGGUGGGUGAAUCAUCUUCCUUGGAAUCUAAAUAAUGUGUGCGAUGCCUCUGGUCGGUCUCAUGUACCCUAUCCCAUUCCUGUUCGUUCUCACAUAGACGAUGAUCGUGAAUUAACUCCCCCUCCUGGUCGAACUUACUUAACUAGAUUACCAUUUACACCCGAGGAACAACAAGCCAUGGUCCGAUUCUUUCCUUCCCAUACAAGUCAGUUUCGGCACCAGCAUCAGACACACGCUCUUCCGGAUCCCCAACCUAGAUAUCACAACUUCCCGAAUCAUUGUCCGAAUCAACAAACAUCCAAUAAUCAUCAAUUUUCUUCAUCCCAGAGACCUAGUCAGGAAGCCUGUAAUGUCUUUCCUUCCGUUAGAAAUAUUCCUGAGUAUGUCAAUGAGAAUAACCGAAAACGUGGACAAGAAGAUAUCGGAGGUAGUCGAUUAUUUGCAGAUUGGGAGACCAGACUAAUUAGCCGACUUUUUAAAGAGUUCUUCCAUGGAAAUCCUAAACCUAAUGGUGUAUGCGGUACACUGCCUUCUCUUAGUGAAGUUCGAUCUCGUAUAGCUUCUUCACGAUUGAAAGAAACAAGAACAGCUACAGCUGUCAGAUCCAAAAUUCGUCGAAUGCAAUCAUCCGGUACAUGGUUAAAGUAUCAAUGAUAACUGUAUUUUCCACUGUCUAAAACCCUUUUAAUAGUCCUUUUGUAUUAAGCGAGUAAUGGUGCUCAAUUGUUAAAAGCCUGUAGACAACAAUAAAAAAACAAAUAGCGCUCAAAUAAUAUAUAUACAUGGUUUCAAACCGGAAUUUCUCUCAUUCUACGUCAUUGUUCUAGUUUUCCAGUCAAUCUUUAUAGUUCAUAUUUCAACCGUAUCAUUCCAGAAUACAUAUGUAUGUAUGUCCGAUCCUUUUACUGUAACCUUACUGUUUGCAGAAAUAUAAAUCUACUAAUCACGUACAAUAUAUUUAUAUAUAAAAUAUGUAUGUAUGCAAAAGCAAUUUACUUGAUGACAACAUAUGCUGUUUAUAGCUCCCGUGUUCUUUCUGACCUUCAAUAUACCAAUGUUUGAAACUUAUCCUGCCCUAUUUAAUACUUUAUGUACUCUCAUAUUUAUUUCUGUCUUCUUUCUCAUUCGUUUAUUUGUGGUACUUCGUACAGUAUUAUCAUUUUAUAUACAUUCAUAUAUUAUCACCAUUAUCAGCGUUUUGUUUCGAAGUUUUCUUUAUCUCUAUAAUUUGUCUCUUAUAUCAUGUGUUAUUAGAUAUCAAUUGUGCAUAUCAACUCUUCUUGUUUGUUUGUUUCCGUUUCUUGUAUGUUAAUUUGUUUCUGAAAGGUUAUUACCACUUAUCUUGGGUUUUUUUUUUCAUUCUGUGUAUACGAGAAACAAGAAAUCAAUGUAAUAAACCUUGUCUUCAUUCUGUUUUAUAACAAGGGUAGCCUGGUUUUCUAAUUUAUUGGUUAAUAAUACUAAUAAUAACGAUCUCUUAAAUAAAAUUUCUCGUAGAAGCUGUUCAAUUAUUUCAACUGCUAUCUAUUAUAAAUGUAUCAUAGAAUUUAGAUUUGUUUGAUGUACAUGUGUUUCAAGUUAAUUCGAAAAAUAAUAACUCAUUCUUGAUCUACAUUCGAUACGUUUUCUCUGUGAGUAAUCUAAAGUGCAUAGUGAUAAGAAUGUUAUAUGAUAAUCAGUAAUUUUUCAAGACUUGU